CGAGUUGUCAAUACCGCGCUUUUCUCUGUUUAGGUGAAUUUAGGUGAAGUAUUUAUAACGCCAUAUUCGUCGACUUGAAUGGUUUAUUUGUUCAUUUUAUCCACGAAGUUCCCGAAUUCAGUAAUUCCAUUUAACAUAAAAUCGUUCUAAAUUGAAUGGUAAUCUUUGCGAUAAAAUGGCGAACGUGGUGUUAGACAAAGAGGCGUUUUUCCGUCGAAUAAAGAGACUAUAUUCUGAAUGGAAGAGCCCCGAGAUAAGUCAUGAUGAUUCCCUAACCAAAAUCGAUUGUUUGAUGUGUGCAGUCGGAGCCGAUGAGGAAAUUCUGUACAGUAAAUCAACUGCUUUGCAGCAAUGGCUCAUUGGCUAUGAAUUGACGGACACCAUAACCGUGUUUACUGAAGACGCAGUUCAUUUUCUGGCCAGCAAAAAGAAAAUAGAACUACUGAGACAACUGGAAAAUCACAAAGAAGAAAACGUUCCCUCCAUCAAAUUGACGGUUCGCGAUCGGACUGACAAAGACAAAGAAAAUUUCAAAAAUUUGCUAAAUGUCAUGAAAGAGGCCAAAAAGGGAAAGACAGUUGGCGUUUUUGCUAAGGACAAUUUUCCGGGAGACUUCUGUGAUUCGUGGAAAGCAGCUUUCAAAGAUGCAAAUUUUGAUAAAGUGGAUGUCAGCCCAGCCCUAGCUUACAUUAUGUCGGCGAAAGAGGAAUCGGAAGUGGUCACUAUAAAGAAAGCUUGCAUGGUAACGAUUGAUGUGUUCCAGAAGUAUUUGAAAGACCAAAUCAUGGAGAUUAUCGAUGCCGACAAGAAAGUCAAACAUUCUAAACUGUCUGAAGAUGUGGAGAAGAUUUUAGCAGACAAACGAUAUGUUAGCGGUGUGGACAUCAAUCACUUGGACACAUGUUAUCCCGUUAUUAUCCAAUCUGGUGGCAACUACUCGUUGAAAUUUAGUGUGACUAGUGACAAGAACUUCAUUCAUUUCGGAGCGAUCGUAUGUUCACUGGGUGCCCGGUACAAAUCGUACUGUUCGAAUAUUUCUCGCACAUUAUUGGUGAAUCCAACCGAUGCAAUCCAAGAGAAUUACAACUUCUUACUCAAUUUGGAGGAGGAACUUUUGAAAUUGCUCGUGCCAGGCAAAAAACUUUGCGAUGUCUACGAUGCCGGUUUGAAUUUCGCUAAAAAGGAAAAACCCGAUUUGGUUGAUUCAUUGACGAAAAUGUUCGGCUUCGGAAUGGGAAUCGAGUUCAGAGAGAGCUCAAUUAUCAUUGGACCCAGAUGCAAUGCCAUUGUGAAGAAAGGAAUGGUUUUCAACGUCUACGUCGGUUUGUCCCCGUUAACCAAUAAAGAAGCAGCCGACAAAGAAGGCAAAACUUAUGCAUUGUUCAUCGGUGACACGGUUCUUGUGAAUGAUGACACGGCGGCGACUGUUUUGACCCAAUCGAAGAAAAAAAUCAAAAAUAUCGGCAUUUUUGUGAAGGACGACGAGGAAGAAGACGAUGAAGAUCAAAAUGAAGCGGAAAAACCGCAGGAAAUUGUCGGACGUGGAAAGCGCACAACAGUAUUGGACAGUAAAUUGAGAUCUGAACACAGCACCGAAGAGAAACGGAAGCAACAUCAAAAGGAACUGGCGAUUCAAUUGAAUGAACGGGCGAAGGAGAGACUCGAUAAACAGGGCGAUGUUAAGGAGGCCGAGAAAACGCGAAAGAACAUGGUGUCGUACAAAAGUGUGAACCAGAUGCCAAGGGAGCCAGAAGUUAAGGACCUUAAGUUGUAUGUCGACAAAAAAUACGAGACAGUCAUAAUGCCAGUGUUCGGCGCCCCUGUUCCGUUUCACAUUUCCACAAUCAAAAAUAUUUCGCAAUCCAUUGAGGGCGACUACACUUACUUGCGUAUAAAUUUCUUCCAUCCCGGAGCUACAAUGGGCAGAAAUGAGGGAGGAUUAUAUCCGCAACCAGACGCUACUUUCGUAAAAGAAGUAACGUACCGAAGCAUCAACACAAAGGAGCCGGGUGAAUUAACUCCACCAUCGGCUAAUCUGAACACAGCAUUUCGGCUGAUCAAAGAUGUGCAGAAACGGUUCAAAACGAGAGAGGCUGAGGAACGAGAAAAGGAAGAUUUAGUCAAGCAGGACACGCUGGUAUUGUCGACAAACAAGGGCAAUCCGAAAUUGAAGGAUCUGUUCAUCCGACCGAACAUUGUGACAAAACGAAUGACUGGUUCAUUGGAAGCACACACAAAUGGUUUCCGGUACACAUCGGUUCGAGGUGAUAAGGUCGACAUAUUGUACAAUAACAUUCAGAGUGCGUUCUUCCAACCGUGCGAUGGGGAAAUGAUCAUUUUGCUGCACUUUCAUCUGAAACACGCUAUUAUGUUUGGUAAAAAGAAGCACGUCGACGUUCAAUUCUACACGGAAGUCGGAGAGAUUACAACCGAUUUGGGUAAACACCAGCACAUGCAUGACCGUGACGAUUUAGCUGCUGAGCAAGCUGAACGCGAAUUGAGACAUCGACUUAAGACCGCAUUCAAAAGUUUCUGCGAGAAGGUGGAAUCGAUGACCAAGCAACAGGUUGAAUUCGAUACACCGUUCAAGGAACUCGGAUUUCCCGGUGCUCCGUUCCGCAGUACGGUACUGUUGCAACCGACAUCGGGCAGUUUGGUGAAUUUGACCGAAUGGCCACCAUUCGUCAUCACAUUGGAAGAUGUGGAAUUGGUCCACUUCGAGCGAGUUCAAUUCCAUUUAAGGAAUUUUGACAUGAUCUUCGUAUUUAAGAAUUACAAUCAAAAGGUUGCAAUGGUGAAUGCCAUUCCAAUGAAUAUGUGUGAUCAUGUGAAGGAGUGGUUGAACUCAUGUGACAUUCGCUAUUCGGAAGGUGUUCAAUCGCUUAAUUGGACCAAAAUCAUGAAAACCAUUACCGACGAUCCGAAAGGCUUUUUUGAGAGUGGUGGAUGGACAUUUUUGGACCCUGAAUCGGAUGGUGAAAACGGUGAUGCUGGAAGUGAAGAAUCUGAAGAGGAUGACGCGUAUGAACCCUCAGAUAUGGAUAGCGAAGAAGAUUCUGAUGAUGACUCUGAAUACUCAGAAGCCUCGGAGGAUGACAGUGACGAAAGUGAAGAACUUGGAAGUGAAGAAGAAUCCGGAAAGGAUUGGUCCGAUCUGGAACGCGAGGCCGCCGAAGAAGAUAACAAAGAUGAAUACGCUAUCACUUCGCACAAAAGUAAAAAGUCGGACCGCGAUCGAGAUCGUCAUGAUAAACACAAAAGCAAAAACAACCACAGUCGUGAUGCUCACAAGAAGAAGAAAAGUAGCCCAUCCAAACACAACAGCAGCAGAGACAAACACCACAAAGAUAGUCGUAAAGACAAAGAUAAAAGUCGCUCAUCUUCGUCACAUCAUAAUGAUCGGAAACGAGGCCGUGAAGAUGACUCUAAUCAUCGAAGUCCGAAGAAAUCAAGGAAAUAAAUUCAAUCAUUUGGACAAUAUUGAAUUAAUCAGGCAAGAAAAACUCCUAAUUCCAUAAUUGUAACUCAAACUGCAAAUAUAUUAAGAAACAACUUAGUAUCAGAACAUCAUGUGUCCACCUAUGUUUGCUAUUUUUGUUAAUUGUCAAAGGAAAUGAAAAUGAUCAGAAAUUACUCUUAAUUUUUCAAGAAAAUAAAAGAAAAUAAUGUUCCAUAA